AUGGCUGACACUCCCCUUCCUUCCAGCUACACCAACGGCCUCGUCGUGUACCAGUCGCAGCAGGCCGCCACGCAGCUCAACAUCACCAGCGUCGAGGGCGGCGAGUUCUUCAUGCGCGUCAGCACGCAGCAGAGCGCCACCGAGGGCCGCCCGAGCGUGCGCAUCGAGAGCAAGAAGCUGUACGCCGACGGCGUGUAUGUCCUCAACGUCUCGCACGUGCCCGUCGGCUGCUCGACGUGGCCCGCCUUCUGGACGACGACGGCGGAGCAGGACGGCAAGUGGCCCAUCGGCGGCGAGAUCGACAUCAUCGAAAACGCCAACGACGAAUUCGCGGGCGCGCUCACGACGCUGCACACCAACUCGGGCUGCAGCAUCGCCGCCUCCAUCCCCGCACAGAGCGCCACGGUGCUGCACACCAACUGCUCGGCCUACAACCCGGACCGCACGGGCUGCCAGUCGGAGAUGAACGGCACGUCGGUGCCCACGUGGGGCGCCGCGCUGAACCGCGCCGGCGGCGGCUUCUUCGCCAUGGCGCGCAGCUUCGGCACGACGGGCAAGGGCGUGCGUGUGUGGUACUGGGCGCGCGGCAGCGAGCCGAGCGACCUGCAGCGCGGCAGCACGGCGGUGAACCCGGAGAACUGGGGCAAGCCCAAUGUCUGGUACGACGUGGCGCAGCAGUGCCACCAGGACUUCAACCAGCACAAGAUCGUCUUUGACACGACGCUCGGCGGCGACUGGGCGGGCAACACGUACGAGCGCUCCGGCUGCCAGGCGCAGUACGGCCCGAUUACGGACCAGGUCUCGAUGAACGGCAGCAGCUACGACGAGGCCUACUGGGCCGUCGGCGGCCUGCGUGUCUUCGCCUCGGGCGGCGGCAACGAGAAUGCCGCGUAA